CAUACACACACGGAUAUCGAUAUGCUUUCUAUACUGUAUUCAGUAAUUUAGUCUAUUGAAAUAUAAUAUUACCAGAAUAUUCCAUUUAAUUCUCUCUUUAUUAGUCAUUAAUAAUAAAAAAUCGUAUUAAAAUAUUCAACAUGACACGUGUAGCUGUUGUAACUGGUGGAAAUAAAGGCAUUGGAUUUGCUAUCGUAAAAAAACUUUGCAAACAAUUUGAUGGAGUUGUAUAUUUAACAGCUCGUGAUGUCAAUCGAGGAUUGAAUGCGAUUAAACAGCUUGAAAAACAAGGUCUAAAACCCAAAUUUCAUCAGCUUGAUAUUACUGAUGAUAAUAGCAUCUCUACUUUUUAUAAUUAUUUAGAACAAAAAUAUAAAGGACUUGAUAUAUUAGUUAACAAUGCUGCUAUUGCAUUUAAAAUGGAUGCUAAAGAACCUUUUUCUAUACAAGCUGCAGAAACAUUGAAAACAAAUUAUUUUGGUUUAAGAAAAGUAUGUAGCAAACUUUAUCCAUUAUUAAAACCACAUGCACGUGUAGUACAUGUAUCAAGUUCUUCAGGUCAUUUAUCAUUAAUUCCUAGUGAAACACUAAGAAAUAGAUUUUUAAAUCCAAAUCUUACAGAAGAAGAAUUAGAUAAUAUCAUGCAUGAAUUUGUUGAGUAUGUUAAAUUAUUACAAAUAUAUUAUAAUUUAUUAUAUUUUAAAAUAAAUAUUUUAAUUUUUAAUUACAUUUUUAGUGCUGCAAAAACAAAUACACAUUUAGAAAAAGGGUGGGCAAAUUCUGCUUAUAUUGUAAGUAAAGUGGGAGUAUCUGCUUUAGCUAGAGUUCAUCAAAGAAUAUUUAACUCGGAUUCUAGACAAGAUCUAGUAGUAAAUGCUGUACAUCCUGGUUAUGUAGAUACUGAUAUGACUAGUCAUCGAGGUACUUUAACACCUGAUCAAGGUGCUGAGGCUCCUGUUUUUUGUGCAUUAUUGCCAGAAGAUACAAAUAUAAAGGGUAAAUACAUUUGGUACGAUAAAUCAUUAGUAGAUUGGACAAAAGCUUAAAUGCAGAAUAUAAUUUGAUUUUCUGUUAUAUAUUCAUUUCUUUAUCUCUUAAAAUAAUAUUUGUUUUAUUAUUUAUAUAUUUUUUUUUAUAAAAUUUAUUGCUUUUAUGAACAGCAAUGUUUUUUUUUUCUAUAUGCAAUAUAUACAAUAAAGAAUAAUUUUAAGAAUUCUUAUAAUUAGAAAUUAAUAUUUUAAUAUUAAACUCAAUUUAUAUAUUUAUAGAUGUACAAAUUCAUAGUUUAUAUGUUCAUUGUAUAUAAUUCUUGAUUUUAAUAGUAAAAAAUAAAUCAGAGAUAUUUUUAUAUCUAA